UCCUCGCCUCGCAUCCCAGUUUCCCGGUCUUGGGAGAAGAGUACACCUUCUUCCUUGUCCAAGCCCCCAAAUUCUGGCAUCGAAAGGGUUGAACGGCGGAGACCGGAAGUGUGCGCAGUAGCGGCGGAUCCCUAGCGAAUCGACGCCGGAAGUAGCCGUAGCUAGGGAACUACUCCUCAGGCCUCACUAUGGCGGCGAUUCCCCCAGACUCUUGGCAGCCGCCCAACGUUUACCUGGAGACCAGCAUGGGAAUCAUUGUGUUGGAGCUGUACUGGAAGCAUGCUCCAAAGACCUGUAAGAACUUUGCUGAGCUGGCUCGUCGUGGUUACUACAAUGGCACCAAAUUCCACAGAAUCAUCAAAGAUUUCAUGAUCCAGGGCGGUGACCCAACAGGGACAG